UUAUAGUGAAAGAAUUGAAAGGAACAAGCAUAAAUUACGACUAAUCUUGUGUGAAACAAGCAAAGGCAAUGGACGGCAAGAGUGUCUGUGUUAUUGUUGUGCUAAGUUUCUUGUGUCACUCUGCAUUGGCUACUUCUACGAUGAAAGGUGCUUACUGGCCUUCGUGGUCAGUAGAUUAUCUUCCACCGUCUGCUAUAGAGGCAUCGUACUAUACACACUUGUAUUAUGCCUUCUUGACUCCAAACAAUGUCACGUUUAAGUUUGAGGUUGAUGAUGCAACAGCUUUGUUGCUUGUUAACUUCACAUCAGCUGUACGCGCCAAGAAUCCAACAGUGAAGACGCUGUUCUCAGUUGGCGGGGCAAAUGAUGGUCCUGCCUAUUUCUCUAGAAUGGCCUCAACUGGUUGGUCGCGUAAGAGUUUUAUUGAUUCAAGCAUAGAAGUGGCAAGGAAAUUUGGGUUUGAUGGAGUUGAUUUGGAUUGGGAAUUUCCACAGACUCCUGGUGAUAUGGUUAAUUUUGGGGUUUUAAUACAGGAAUGGAGAGCUGAGGUGAAAAAAGAGGCUAAAGCCUCAUAUAAGCCUCAGUUAUUACUUGCUGCUGCUACAUACUAUUCUGCCAAUGGUAAUUUUACUGGGAUUCCAGUAAAAUACCCUGGAGCUUCAAUUAGUAAAAAUUUGGAUUGGAUCAAUGCAAUGAAUUAUGACUAUUAUGGUAAGUGGACGCCGAAUGCCACUGGAAGCCAUGCAGCACUAUUUGAUUUAACAGGGAACCUGAGUACCAGUUAUGGCCUCAAGUCCUGGAUCAAAGCCGGGGUUCCAAGAAGAAAAGUGAUCAUGGGCUUGCCACUUUAUGGGAAGACCUGGAGCCUGAAAGAUCCGGAAGUGAGCGGUCUUGGAGCCCCAGCUAUGGGUAUCGGUCCAGGGCCAGAUGGCAUACUAACAUACUUUGAAAUAGGGAAUCACAACUUGGCAAAUAAGGCCACUGUGACAUAUGACGCGGCAACUGUCUCUACUUAUUCAGUUGCAGGGAGUACAUGGAUUGGUUAUGAUGAUAUUGUAUCGAUAACUGUUAAGAUUGGAUAUGCACAGUCCCUUAGAAUUGGUGGUUACUUCUUUUGGGCCCUCAAUGGUGAUCACAACUGGAGCAUUUCCAGAACAGCAUCCCAGUUAUGGAUUUGAUUAAGAUGAAUGAAGGCUGAUGAGAUCAAGAGCUUCAACUACACUUUCCGCUUUUACUUUUGUGAAAUUCAACAACCUGGCUAACUGUGAUUGGAUUUGGGGAAGACCUUACAUAUUUUUUCUCUUGUGUUGUAUCUGAUAAUUUUGUGAAUUUAUUGCCAUUUAGUUCGUUUUGUUUAACAGCAUA